GUGUUUGCUUUUGCAGCAGUCUUGCUCAGUGUGAGUUUUAACUUCAAUGUGAUGAAAAUGUCAUAAAUUUAUGGACGAAAAAACAAACCCAAUGCAGUUAGUGAUAAAUAAAAUACAAAAUGUGCAAUACAAGAGCUAUAAGGCAUAGCAGAAAUUACGCAUGCAAUGCACUAUGAAGUGCACUAGCCUAACUCAAGCAAAAUAACAGAAACAACAACAGCUGCAUGUGCAAUAAUCUACGACUGCAAAGUGCAGGAUUUAUAAAUAUGGCAAUAAUACUACAUUAAUAGUCAAGCAACAACAGCAGCAGGGCUAGAGCGCGAGUGUAUCUGUGUGUGUGUUCGUUUUAUAUUUAGAAUAUGACGUUAGAGUGCUGCGAAUAUUAAAAGAGAAGCAAAAGCAAACGAAAGGCAAAAAGGGCUUGCAAUAGUGUGACCAGAGACGACGAUCUGCAUGUCCGAAUUUCAGUUGGCGAAUGUGGAUGCCAAUGGCAGUGCUGCCCAUAGCGAUGAUGCUUAUCACACACUGAGGCGCCAACAAACGGAACCGGAAGUCGCAACGCGCUGCAAAUCCUCAAGUCUUAAGCGCGAACCUUUAGUAUUCUUCAUUAUGCGGCUGAAUUUGAAAGCGGUGCUGAUGCUGCUCAUUGUGGCCGUCAUGGUCAUCACUCUGGGCAUCUAUAUGCGGUGUGCCGCCUUCAGUUUCUCUCCGGAUUUUGUGCGUCAGCUGAGCCGACGCCAAACGAUCGACGCACUAACAAGUUCAGCUGCCGGCGGACAACAGGAACAGACAUCGCCUAGCGUUCCACUGCAGGACAUUGAGUGCGCCAUCAAUCAGGAGUACAGCAUACACUGUAAGCGCGAUGAGAAUGCCAAUGAGGUGUAUGUGCCCUUCUCGUUUUUGCGGCAAUAUUUCGAUAUCAGUGGUGCUGUCUCAACGAACAACGAGGUGGUGAAAUUCAAUUGGAUGCACAGCAAUGCCAAGGUGAAUCUCCCGAAGGGCAAAUACGAUCCACGCGGUGUUUUCAUGUACUUUGAGAACUACAAUGUGGAGGUACGUGAUCGCGUCAAGUGUAUCAGCGCAGCCGAAGGUGUCCCUGUGAGCACACAAUGGGAAAAGCGUGGCUACUUUUACCCGACGCAAAUAGCCCAAUUUGCCUUGGCGCACUACAGCAAGAAUCUAACGGAGGCGACGCCGCGUCAACAUGUCCUGGAGGAUGCGGAUGGCAAUCAGUCGAUGGAGUGGACAACGCCAAAGACCAGCAAUAUGACACGCAUCUGGCAUCACAAGUUCAACACCAGCAUUGUCCAGUUCGAGACAACCAUUGGCUAUGAGAGCGCCAUCAGCAUUCAAUUGAAUCAGACCCAGGAUCUGGUGCUCAGUGUGGACUUGUUGUUGGUCACAAACAGCAGCAGUCUGAUGGUCACAGUGCUCAAUCGUGAUAGCAAACAUAGCUAUCAGUUGCAUUACAUUGCCGCCGAGCUGCUGCUCAGCGUGCAGGAGUCCAACAUCUAUUAUGGCUUGGGCGGUGGCGCCUUGAACAAAUGGCGUCACAUCACACGGGAUCUGCACAUCGAUGUGCAGAAGGGCAUUGUCAUGGGGGACAAACGAUCGCCACUGAAGGUGCGACGCAGCGAUCUGGAAGUGCUAUCGAUUGCCUUCUUGGGCAUUGGAUUCUACGACAACUUGACGCUGUCGACCAGCGAUCAUUUGGCGCAUUUCUACGAUGCCGCCGAGUGGUUUGUGCACAAUCAAGACACGAAGACAGGCGGCUGGUCGAAUCCUGUGCGCCGCAGUCUCAAUGGCUUUGCCGAGCUGCGUCCCGGCUGGAUCUCGGCCAUGGGACAGGGUCACGCCAUCUCGGUGCUGGCGCGCGCCUAUUGGCAUUCUGGCGGCGAUUCGCGUUACCUCAAGGCUGCCUCGUUGGGUCUGCAGCCGUAUCGCAUCUACUCUCGCGAUGGCGGCGUCCUGGCGCAGUUCAUGGACAAAUAUUACUGGUACGAGGAGUAUCCCACAACGCCGCCAUCCUUUGUGCUGAACGGUUUCAUCUACUCGCUGCUGGGUCUCUACGAUUUAAACAGCACGGCACCAGGGAAGAUAGCACGUGAGGCGGGUAAACUGUUUGCCCAGGGAAUGCAUUCGCUGAAGAAGAUGCUGCUGCUCUACGACACUGGCUCAGGCACCAGCUACGAUCUGCGCCACUUGAGUUUGGGCGUGGCACCGAAUCUGGCACGCUGGGAUUACCAUGCGACGCAUGUGAAUCAAUUGCUAUUGCUGGCGACGAUCGAUAGUGAUCCAUUGAUUGCACAGACAGCGGAACGUUGGAAGGGUUAUAUGUUUGGCAAGCGGGCCAAACACAACUGAGAGCGAAGGAGGUUGGCGGCUGUGGCGGCUGCGGCAUCAUGGCAACCACGUAGUCGCCUCCACCUCCUUCUACUCCCGAAGAGGCCCAGGAACAACAAGAACAAGUGA